GAUGCAGAUGUCAUUUUUGUUGUAGUGUGUUUGAGCGUCUUUCUGUUUGUUAAUUCUAGUUUGCUUUUUUGUAAGGAUUAAAAAAUUUAAUAUUUAAACAAAUACUGUCGCAACCUCCCUAAAAAUGGUCAAGGAAAGAAAAAUUACCUUUAAAACUACUUUAGGAAGAAUGGAGUUUGAAUUGGUCGAUUUUUUAAAAGCUGUGGCAGAACGACCGUUGCUUUACGAUCCACAAAUGUUUGGAAACCUACCAAACAUAAAUAGAAAAAAGGACGCAGCAUGGACGGAAAUAGCUUUCCAGUUAGUCCCGAAAUUGGAAAAACUAGACGCGAAAGAACUAAGUGCAGUAGUUGAUAAUAUGUUCCGAUACAAUUGGUCUAAAAUGAAAACGGCUCUUCGAGGACGGCUUCGUUUGGUAAAGGAGGGUAAAACAAAGAGUAAACCUUACAUGUUUGAGAAAGAAAUGGAAUUCUAUAUAAAGUCGGACCCUCAACUUGCUGAAAUGUACUAUAAUUGUAAAACUGACAAAAGCGUGUCAAGUCCUGAAGAGGACGAUGAGGAAACCCCACGAAAAAGGAAACAACCCGAAAUUACAAUCAAAGAGGAAAUUUUAAACGAAAGUUUUUCUGCAGAAGCUACGAAGAGAUCUAGGAUAUCAAAGGAAAUCUCUGCCAGCAAUGCUCCUCCGCGCUCAGAUCGAUUGAAACAAACGAAUUUAUUGGCUACCAGUUCUCCGAAAGAAGGCAGAAAGAUAUCGAAAAUAUCGACAGAAAUCCAAAAUAGCAACACUCCUCCGCGGUCAGAUCGAUUAAAGCAACGGAGCUUGUUGGUUAGCAGUUCUCCCAAAGAGGGUACAAAGUUAUCAACAAAAAUAUCGAAAGAAAUUUCAAAAAACCAUACAUCUCCGCAUGCAGAUCGAUCAAGGCUUAGGGGUUUAUUCCCUGACACUUCUCCUGCAAGUAAUUUAAAGAAAACCCCCAAGAACACAAAUUCUCCUCCAUCUAACGGCCAAGAAGCAGAAGAAGUCUUAAAGAACAGAACCUCUGCCGAUACGGAAAAAGGACAAAAACUAAAUACAUUGAAUAGUAGCAUGCAUCAAAGGAAAUCCACGAGAACUAGCACAUGCACAAAAUUACAAGAAAAGGAAGGAAGAACAUCUGUGGGUCAUGUAUCUGAAACAUUCUCAAAAUCGAGUACUCCCUCCAGUUCGGAAGAUGAAAGUGAAGGUUCCAUCAGGAGAAGCAGUACAGCGACAAACUCUAAGCAAAUUCUUGAACAGAAUACUUCUAAUGUAAAUAAUGCUAAAGGGCGACAACUAGACGUCUCUGCAAUAAAUCCUAUGGACUAUUGCGAAUCAAUCGAAAAUGUAAGCGCUAUUCACGAAUGCGUUGAUAACAGUGCUGAGCAGUCUACAAUUCAUAAAGCUACUUCAAAUAACCGCAUACCACAGCAGGUCGUAUAUGGCAUUCAUGAUGCCGCCGAACGUGCAUUCUUCGAGUCUCUCCUACCGAUAGUUUACAAGAUCGGUAAAGCACGAAAACUUGAUUUCAAAAUAGAAGUUUUGCAACUCCUUAAGAAAUAUCAGAAAUAACUUAGAAUUAUAUAUUUUUAAUUGGUUACAAAAUUAUUAAUCAUACUCAGUUUAACAAUUGUUAUCACAGUCUAUUUAAAUACAUUUUUUAUAUCAAUUGUU